AUGCCUGACCCAACCCCCAACGGCGACCCAGCCGAUCCACCCGUCCGCCUCUCCCUCCCCCUCGAAUUCCAACAAGACAUCUUCCACUCGCUGCGCGAAGAAGACGGCCUCCUCGUGCUCGCGCGCGGCCUCGGCCUCCUCCAACUCGUCACCAACCUCCUGCACUCCUACGACGCCGCGGGCAACAAUCUCAUCCUCCUCGUCGGCGCCGACGACCGCGAAAAUGGCUGGAUCGGCGAGUCGCUGGCCGAGUAUGCGGCGCGCAGCGGCAGCCCCAAGUGCCGGGGUUUGCAGCUGGUGAAUACGGAUAAUAUGAGCGUGGGGACGCGGGAGAAGCUGUAUGCGGGCGGCGGGGUGUUUAGUAUUACCAGUCGGAUUCUCAUCGUGGAUUUACUGAGUGGGCUGAUGGAUCCGGCGACGGUGACGGGGAUGGUGGUUUUGCAUGCGGAGCGCGCGGCUGCCACGAGUUUGGAGGCGUUUAUUGUGCGGAUAUACCGGCAGAAGAACCGGAAAGGGUUCUUGAAGGCUUUCUCCGACCAACCUGAGCCGUUCACCGUCGGCUUUCAACCGCUCAGUACGGUUUUGCGGAAUCUGUUUCUGCGCACGCCAUUGUUGUACCCUCGCUUUCACGUGGCGGUCAGCAAGUCUGUGGAGGGCAAGCGGACGGCCGAGGUGAUUGAGUUGGAGAUUCCGAUGACGGACGCCAUGCGCGAGAUUCAGAAUGCCGUUAUGGAGUGCGUGGAGGUGUCGAUUGCCGAGCUGAAGAAGUCGAAUCCGGGGUUGGAGAUGGACGAUUGGAAUCUGGACAGUGCUUUGCAUCGAUCGUUCGAUACGAUUGUGCGGAGACAGCUGGACCCUGUGUGGCAUCGCACGAGCUUCCGUACGAGGCAGAUUGUGAAUGAUCUGUCGCGCCUGCGGACGAUCUUGCAUGGUUUGCUGACGUAUGAUGCGGUGAGCUUCAACAAAUACCUCGACACAGUGCUGGCUGCUUCUUCGCCACCACCUGGUUCGACGAGACAGAAUCAAUCUCCAUGGCUCUUCCUUGAUGCUGCUCACACUCUGUUCGACACGGCGAAGCGGCGAGUGUACACCGGCAAGAUCACAGAUUCCAUGUCAACAGAUCAGACGGGUCUCAACCCGGUGCUGGAAGAGAUGCCCAAGUGGAGUAUGCUGGCCGAGUUGCUGGACGAGAUUGAGAGGGAUACUUAUUUCAACCCACAAGCGCAUGAUGAGAGCAGUGGAAGCAUUCUGAUCAUGUGCGGGGAUGAGAGCACUUGCCAGCAAUUGCGGGAGUACCUUCAAACCAUGCAUAUCCAUGAGAACGAGGCACCUGAUGACUCGACCGGAGAAGACGGCCAGCCGCCUGCGGCCAGACAGCCAAGUGCGAAGACUAUGAUGCGACGCAAGUUGCGCAGUUAUCUUUACUGGAAGAGGCAGUUCGCCCGCGUCAGCAGCAACCUCUUUGCGGAGGAUCAGAAAGUCAUCAGUGGCACAACAAGCCAUUCGAACACUCAUAACAGCAGAGGCAAGGCGCCCCCAAACAAACGACGCCGGAUGCGGGGUGGCGCCACAGCAGCGACUGCACCUCAGCGCACGGCCAGCGGAAGCAUACAGAUCGCCGGAGACAAAGAGGCUCACAUCCAGUCCCUGAUACAAGACCUCGGUCCGAACGAUCAUGAGGAUGCGAAUGCACCGGCGGAUGAUGUACUCGACGCUACCGACGAUCGAGACGACUUUUACGAACUUUACGAUAUGAGAGACCUUGUUUUGAUACAUCCCUACGACGGAGACAUGGACGACCAUCUUCUGGAAGAGGUGCGGCCACGAUAUGUCAUCAUGUACGAACCCGACGCGGCUUUCAUCCGGCGAGUGGAAGUUUACCGCAGCAGCCACAGCUCUCGCCAGGUGCGAGUGUACUUCAUGUACUACGGCGGCAGCGUGGAAGAGCAGCGAUACCUCUCCGCCGUGCGCCGAGAGAAAGAAGCCUUCACAAACCUAAUUCGAGAAAGAAGCAACAUGGCCAUGACCUUCACCCACGACGCCGCCCAGCUCGACCCACAAGAAUCCUUCCUUCGCACAGUCAACACCCGCAUAGCCGGUGGCGGCCGUCUAACCGCCACCGCCGAGCCGCCCCGCGUAGUCGUCGACGUGCGCGAAUUCCGCUCCAGCCUGCCCUCCCUCCUUCACGGCCGCAACAUGAUCGUCGUCCCCUGCAUGCUGACAGUAGGCGACUACGUCCUCACGCCAGCCAUCUGCAUCGAGCGCAAAUCCGUCAGCGACCUCGUCGCCUCCUUCAACAACGGCCGCCUCUAUCACCAAGCCGAGACCAUGUUCCAGCACUACACCAACCCCAUGCUGCUAAUCGAAUUCGACGCCCAAAAAGCCUUCACCCUCGAGCCCUUUGCAGACCUCGGCUCCUCCCUCGGCGCCGCCACGCUCGUCUCCUCCGACCUGCAAUCCAAGCUCGUCAUGCUGUGUCUCGCCUUCCCCAAGCUGCGCAUCAUCUGGUCCUCCAACCCGCACCAGACGGCGGAAAUCUUCGAAGAGCUGAAGAAGCAGCAGGAGGAGCCGGAUCCGUUUAAAGCGGUGCAGAUUGGGCUCGACAGCGGCGACGAUCCGGAGUCGAGGACGUUUAAUCUGACGCCGCAGGAUAUGCUGCGUGCUCUUCCGGGGAUGACGGGCAAGUCGCUUGCGAGGCUGAUUUUGGAGUAUGAUAGUGUGCUCGAUGUGGCGAAUGCGCCGCUGCAGGAGUUGGCGGAUUUGGUGGGGUUUGAGAGUGCGAGGCCGAUUCGGCAGUUCUUUGAUCGGAGUGUGUGGGACGAAGGGGAGAUGUAA